AAUCUGCCCAGAUUGCACAGAUUUGGUAAAAAGAAAAAAAGAGAAAAUGCAACCUUGCACAGUGCACGAUCUGUCACAGUAACCUACUUCACCACCACCACCACCACAGUGAGCAUCCACCAAGUUGCAUUUUCCUCCUCCUCUCACCCUAACUUGAUUGUGCCGGAGAAAUGAUUUCAGUAGACGUCACUCAUCUGCAUAGAGGGAGUAAAAUGCAACCAUCCUGCGAGGAGCACUGACACUCUGCACUGAAACCCUCUAUUAAAAAACAAAAAGGACCUAUAAUUGCUGCAUAACCGAAACUACAAACAUGGAAGGAGUAGGAUGUUACUAGCGUCCGCCGUGGUGGUCUGGGAAUGGCUGAACGAGCACGGACGCUGGCGGCCCUACAGCCCGGCUGUCUGUCAUCACAUCGAGGCAGUCAUCCGGAGCGACCCGCGGUGUGGUAGUGUCGUCCUCGGCCAGGUGGACUCUCGCCUCUCGCCCUACAUCAUCGAUUUGCAUUCCAUGCACCAGUUCAGACAAGACACAGGUACCCUCCGACCGGUACGACGCAGCUUCUACGACCCCACGUCAGCGCCAGGCCAGGGCUGGUUGUGGGAGUGGGAGAACGACUCCGGCAGCUGGACGGCGUACGACACGGAGGUGGGCAUCGCCAUCCAGGCAGCGCGCGAUCGCCAGCAGCCCUGGCUGGACCUGGCGCCGCUGGGCUUCUGCUACCUCAUUGACUUCGAAAGCAUGACCCAAAUCAACGGGCAGACGCAGCGCUGCCGCCGCAUCCAGCGCCGCGCUGACCUGGCGUACCCCCUGGUGUCCGGGCCCCUGCCCAAAUCCCACCACGCCUGGGGGCCCAUGUCCAUGCCCAGCCACGGAGGACUGCUCGGCGUAGAUGUGUCCGGAGUGGGCAUGGGGAUCCGGAUGAGCAACAGCGGGACCGGAAACGGAAGCGCGUACCCCAGUGGUGCGCUCCCUGCCUCGGCCAUCACCUCCUUGGGACAGCCCUGCGCUUGUCAGCAGUGUAUGUUGGUGCUAAGUGUCAAAGCCGGCGCCAUGUCUGCUCACACUCUGGGGCGGAGACCGCCACAGACCAAGCCACCUAGUCCCAAAAUCAGCAGUUACUCCGUCCCAGGAGGGUCGUACUCACUAACCCUCCCUCGACCUCCCACCCUGUCGCGCUCUUUUUCCCCCCACAGGACGUCCAUAGUUGGGGCGACAGGUGGCUACAGUCUAGGCGGUAUGGGUGGUGCAGGAGGUGUAGGAAUGGUCGGCGGUAGCGGUGUUGGCAAUGCCAGCUUCGGUUACGGAGGAGGCUUCACCCACUCUCUCUCCCUCCUCGGCUCAGCUACCGCCGCCCUCUCCAUCUCCUCCACCCGCCCCCCUCCUCCGCCUCUACCCCCUCCGCCGCCGCCUCCUCCUCCGCCCUCCAACGCGCUCUCAUCAGUCGCCACCUCCCCCCCUCACCCAUCCACCUCGUCCUCCCUCUCCGCUUCCUGUUCUGCCCCUCCAGUGCCCGCUCCGGGCCCACCGCCCCUCAUCUCCACGGCUGCCUCCACCUGCACGCCCUCGCCUUCUGCCCGCGUCCUGGGUCCAGUGUCUUCAUCUGGUGCUGCUGCCUGCGCAGCCCCCCUGCCACCCCGGUCCAGCCUAGCAGGGCUGAGUCGACCCGCACUGCAGCGCAUUGCCAUGGCUCAGUCACGUGCCCUUAUCGCCUCUGGAGUGCCAACCGUUCCAGUGAAGAACCUGAAUGGAUCGAGCCCUGUACACCCUGCGCUGGCAGGCAUUACAGGCAUCCUGAUGAGUGCAGCAGGGCUUCCUGUCUGCCUGACCCGCCCUCCCAAGCUGGUGCUCCAUCCACCGCCCGUCAGCAAGAGCGACAUCAAGCCCAUCCCCGGUCUGGGCCACUGCUGUCGCAAGACCACGAAGAAGCAGGCUCGUAAAGGAAAGACCCCUGAGGAGGUGGUGAAGAGGUACCUUCAGAAAGUCCGCAAUCCCCCAGAGGAGGACUGCACCAUCUGCAUGGAGGCCCUGGCCGGACCGUCGGGCUACAAAGGCCCCGGCGUGGGCGGCAUCUCCCGGGCCGAGUCGGUGGGCCGCCUGGCGCAGUGCGGCCACCAGUACCACCUCCAGUGCCUCGUCGCAAUGUACAACAACGGCAACAAGGACGGCAGCCUGCAGUGUCCAACCUGCAAGACCAUCUAUGGAGUCAAGACCGGCAACCAGCCCCCAGGCAAGAUGGAGUACCACGUCAUCCCCCACUCGCUGCCGGGCCACCCGGACUGCAAAACCAUCCGGAUCAUUUAUAACAUCCCUCCUGGCAUCCAGGGCCCAGAGCACCCGAAUCCAGGCAAACCCUUCACUGCCCGCGGGUUCCCCAGACACUGCUACCUCCCUGACAGCGAGAAGGGACGCAAGGUUCUGAGGCUUCUCCUGGUAGCGUGGGACCGCCGGCUCAUUUUCUCCGUGGGUACGUCAAGCACCACCGGCGAGUCAGACACGGUCAUCUGGAACGAGGUGCACCACAAGACGGAGUUCGGCUCCAACCUGACGGGCCACGGCUACCCCGACCCGGGCCACUUGGACAACGUCCUGGAGGAGCUCAAGGCUCAGGGCAUCACCGAGGAGGAGUGCCUACCCAGAGACUGAACAGACGCUGAGAUUAAACAUCGUGGGAAUGGAUCCACAGCUGGACAAUUAUUUUUCAAAAUCUGAUAACAGAGAGAACUUUAACCGACAGAGAUGAACUUCAAAAAACUCUUUACAGGAACGUUACAGAAAUGUUUCAGAUUUUGCUGAGAAUAAAAUUUCUCUUAUGACUGCAUGAGUCAGUUUCGAUACGUGGGAAAUCGUUUUUUUCCUCCCAAUGCAGUAACAGUGUCAAGAUCGCAGAUGUUAUUCCGUGAGAGACCACUGUGCACAUACAAGUCAGUGUUAGAUUAAAAAAAAAAACUGUCAUUUAUACUGUGAGACUUCAUUUCAAGAAUGUAACUAAGUGAAUUUUGCUGAAUUGAUGAAGUGUUUAACACUACUACUACUACUGCUGCUGCUAUGUGGAACUGAAAGGAGGUGAAAAGAGGUCUGUAAGUUGUUAAGUCCACAAGCAGAAGAACCGUGUCAUUGCAGAUAAAUAUUUCAAAUGUAUAACUGGAUAUCUGAGCAUGAAUAUUUGCUGACCUCUAGUGGUACUUUUCCAGAACUACAUUCCUUUUUAAGUUUGAUUUUUAUUCAAUUGUAUUGUUGUAUAUUACGAAUACUUGAUAUAUUAUAUGAUAUUGUUUCCAUUCUAUCAUGUUUUUAUAUUUUAUUUUUUGUUUUUGUUUUAUAUGGCGUGUUUCUUUGCAUUGUUUUUGGGCGUGGGGUGAAGUUAAGAUGAGCUGCUGGUGUACCAGAGUUUGCCUGACACUUUAUAUGCCAUAUACCAGCCCCCUUUCUUUAAAAAAAAUAAAUCAUUUUCAGUAUUUUGUAUUUGAUAGCUUCACAAACUGACAUUCCUUAAUUGUUCUGCCCUCAGAGCAUGGGUGCAUUUAUAGCUUUCUAUGUCUUCUCGUGUCUGCGUUAAUGUUGAGGACUGAUAGAGGAACAGCUACUAUGGAUUACACCAUUCCCCCCCCCAGGAGGAGUAAAUUCCCAAAAAGCUAGGAUUGGACCUCCUGCCUGAGCUCAGACUUGCACAGAGCUUUCUACUUAGUAUCAAAAUGAACCGGACAGCUUGUAUCUACUGUAUUAUUGUGUAGGACACACACACACACACACACACACCAGCCUCAAAUGCUCUAAUCACACUACAAAAUGUGCUCAUCAGUUGUUAUUUUGUCAUAUUUAGUUUUAGGUGCAGAAGACUAUCUCUGGUUGUGGAUCCAGCUUUGGGCAAAAGUGGUCCAGUCAGUUUGCAUUGGGUCCACUGUGGACCGGUUUAUUAUGAGGUGUGAGAGAAACGAGAUGUACAACAGUAUGUGUUGACAUACUAAUGUAGGCCAACAUUAAAAGCAUUUAUACUUUAUGAUACUUUAUGUAUGCACUGUACUGUAUGUAUGUGUGUUUAUGUGCACAAAUUUGCAUUAAACGUUUUUCUAAGGUUCAAAGAGACAA